AUGUCGGGUGAGAAGUGUGUGACGGCCGUAGCAGGAGAGGGUGGGGUGAAGGGCAUGGACCCCGGACUCUGCCCAAUUAGGGUUCCUGGCAUUGGGGAAGGGGGCAUGGCCAGUGUGUCGUCCCUUGAGGAGGCGGCGGUGUGGAGGUCGUCGUCCGUCGUGGUUGUGUUUGAAUCUAAGAAGGUAAGCGUGCUUGUAGCAGAUCCACUUAACACCAAAGUAAAUGUCAAGGCUGAUUUGAGUGAACUGGAGAAAGGAGAUGAGGUUGGUGGGUGCAUGAACAAUGUUCCAGCUCAUCUUGGUUGCAAGAAUCAUUGCUGUAGUGAAGGAAUGUUUUCACCAUAUGAUGGAUGUGGUGACUGUGAGACAAACUUCAAUCUAGAGAUGAGGAACUCCUAUACCCCUGAAGUAAUUGACUGGAAUAAAGUAAAUAUUCCUCCAAAGUCAGAAUUAUUCAAACUGCUGCUGUACAGAAUUUCCAAUUCAAUCAAGCCAGACUGCAAGGUGCUUAUAGCCGGUGACCAGUUCAAAUGUCAUUCACUUGUACUUCAGAGCUAUUCACUGUAUUUUGAUGACAGGGAAUGCACUGAGUUAAGCCUCACUCAUGAUCAUGUUACAACAAAGGCUUUUGCCACUAUUUAUAAGUGGAUGAUUUAUCCAGAUCCAGAAAGUCAUCGUCUACUUACGAAAGAGAAUAUCCUUGAAGUAUUUAAGGCAGCACAAUUCCUUGGCAUCAAAGAACUAGAAGAACAAUGCUGGACUUUCAUUGACUGUGAAGAGCUCUUCUCAGAAGAAUCAGCAUUCCGCAUGUUCUUGAAGGCUCGUCACUUCGGUAUGCAGGCUAUCACUGAGUUAAUGGUUCCUCGAAUCAUGAAUUUCUUCCUGACUCUUGUCAGCUCACGUAAUUUCCUUCACCUUGAUGUUGACGAGCUUUGCACAAUCUUGCAGUCAAACUACAUAGCCGUACACUGUGAGAUUGAAGUCUUCAUGUCAGCGGUUCGCUGGAUAAUGUUCGACUGGGAAAAUCGAGAAAGCGAAGUAGUUGAAGUGAUGCGGUGUAUACGGUUUGGUCUGAUUCCGCCGUGGCAGUUAGUUGAUAUCCGGCGAAAUCCAAAGAAUCCAGAAUUUAUAGAAAUAACAUCCAAUGCCGAAGUCCAGCAAAUGGUGGAGAGCGGCUUAGAAUACGCAAUCGUGAAGUACUGGUACGGCAAUAAUAUUGAUGAAUUUAAUCGCUGGUGUUCAAAGCUCGGCCUGGAUGCACCAUGUCCUCGGAACUGGAUUGGUGAUGAUAAGAACUAUGCAACGUACCAAGAAUUUCUGCAAGACCUUGAACUGUACCGCCGCAACGCUCUGGAAGGACGUUCUACAGAGACAGGGCAUCCAUCUGCAGCGAGAACUCCACGCCAGGAGGCGGCAUCAGCACCUGCCAGUCGGCCAGAUGGAGCAAAUCAGGCAAAGGAUUAUACAAUGCCCCGACCGCAGGGUGGCGGUGCAGGGCGUCCGCAGGACCGAGGAGACGCGCGGGAUCCGGUGAGUACCGAUACGUCGACGUCGACGGGCGAUGCUCGCGCAAUGGGGCAGUCCACGACGGCGGACAGCGAAUCUCCGGGGGACUGCGCGCCGGCACCGCCACCGCCCCCGGGGGCUGAGGGGCUCUGCCUGCAGAUGGACCGGCCGCCGCUGCACGUGCCGCGACGCGCCGCGCCGCUUGAGGAGCUCACGAGGCGGCUGAGCGCGUCGUUGCUGGGCCCUGUGACGCGCGACUACCUGGUGGAGGGGUCGCUGUUCCUGGCGCAGAGCGAGUCUGUGCUGGUGCUGGGCGGCGCCGACCCCACGUGGAAGCCGGCGCCGGAGGGCGCGCCCGCCGUGGGCCGCGAGCUGCUGCGCCUGCGCCUCGACGCCGGCUGCUGGGAGCACAUCGCGCAGCUGCCCGAGCCGCGCCAGCACCACGCCGCCGCCUUCCUCAAGGGCCACGUUUACAUCGCUGUGUACAGCUCCAAAAGCCAACAGCAGAGUGAGUGGGACUUGCGACUGCGCGCAGGCGGCAAGGACCCGCGCGACUCGGCGGCGCGCAGCCGCGGCGGCAUCACGAGCGCCGUCUGGAGCCUGGAGCCGGCGUCCCGCACCUGGAGCGCCGAGCCCGACAUGCUCACCGCCCGACAGAGCUUCGCGCUCGUCGCCUGCUCCGGCCGCCUCUACGCCAUCGGCGGGCAGGACCGUAGUGGCAGAGUGCUGCGGUCGGUGGAGCGCUUCAACCCCGUGUCCGGCGUGUGGGAGUACGUGGCGCCGAUGCGAGAGGCACGCAUGGGUCUGGCGGCCGCCCAGUUCCGGGGGCUCCUCUGGGUGGCCGGCGGCAUGAACGGCGAGCGCUCGCACACCAUCACCGACACCGUCGAGUGCUACGACCCCCGCAGCAACGCGUGUGCGGAGGCUCAGCAGCUUGACAUGGCCACCAGGUGGACGAUGUCGGCGCAGCUGCGGCAGCCGGUGUGCUUCUCGCGGCUGCUGUGCCUGCAGGACACGCUCUUCCUGGCCGGCGGCGCCACGCGGGCAACUCGUGAUGCGCCCAUCGGUAGCAUCGACAGCGUCGACGUCUGGGACCCCACGCAGGGCCGCUGGUGCGUGCGCGCCAAGCUCUCCGUUCCCCGACACGGACACGCCGUCGGCUACAUAGGCACGCACCUGCUGGUGGUGGGCGGCCUGACGACGGUGUACGUGCGCGCGCUCAGCUCGGUGGAGGCGUUCUGCUGCGAGGCGGGGGCGCGCGUGCGCAGCGUGCCGGACCUGCCCGCCGCCGUCGCCGGCCACGACAUCGUCACGCUGCCGCCGGCCGCGCUCAUGUGA